AUGGUAUUAUGGAGUAAUGCGAGCAUUGAGAACAGAACAUUGAAUGGCAAGAUGUCAAUUUGACAUUUUCCACAAUUAGUGCGACUUUGUUAUUGUAGCUGCAACACGAUAUCCAUUUCAAAUCGUAUUGCAUUCAUUUUAUUUGUUCGAAUUGUGCAUUUACUUUUUGGAAAUAACACCAAUUCAAUUUGAUUAAGCUAACCGUAAACAAAUUGUGCACGAAAAUGGUGAACGCCGAAAAAUUGACCGAUGUUCAGAAGAAAAUAUUCGAGACGAUUCCAAAAAAUGAUGUUGGAGAAUUGAAAUUAUUGUUGACUCAAUUGCAGGGAACGGCCGAUUUUGUUGACGAAAAUGGGAUGACACCUUUGCAGCAUGCAUGCUACAAAGGCAAUACGGAGCUAGUACAAACACUUUUGGAUCAGGGAUCCGAUGUGAAUUCGAGUAAACAUGGUGCAAACUAUACAGCUUUACAUUUUGCAGCACUGUCUGGAAAUGCGGAAAUUUGUCUGAGACUCUUGCAGGCCGGCGCCAAUCCAAAUGCACAAAACUCAGUGAAUCGUACACCAGCACAAAUGGCAGCCUUUGUUGGAAAUCAUGCCGUUGUGGCAUGCAUCAAUAAUUACAUACCAAAAUCGGAAAUCGAAUAUUUCACACAGGUUCGUGGUCAACAGACCGAACCGGUAUUGCCAGUCAUUUUGCUCGAUUCAAUGCACAAGUUUGUCAUUCAAAGUAACGUUCAUCCGAUUCGGAUUGCACUAAAUAUACAGAAAUUCGGUGCACUGUCCGAACACUUAAAGACGGUGAAAAAAGUGCUUGAACUCAUGACCGAGCGCGAGGUACAGAAACGUAAUGAAAUUAACGAAAUCAUGGCAUUUAAAUACCACUACUUGGGCUAUAUGGUUGGUGAGAUAAUCAAGUGCCGUGAAUAUUUUCAAACGCGUAAAGAGUCACAGGAGGGUGCCGAUGCCAGCAAGUCAGAUUUUGUCGAAUUGUUUGCCAAACGGGUAUUAAAGGAGAAUAAACUUGGCCAGUUGGAGUAUGUUGAGUCAACUGUACGCGAAUGCGUACGCGAAUUUCCAUUCAGAGAAUCGACCGUCUUCAAGCAGGUUCUCGUUCAAUUGACCAGCAAAGAUGCACUUUCAGCUUUGGAUGUAAUCCGUGGUGCCAUCAAUGGACAGAGAGGGUUUGUGGAUGACAUCACCUAUUGCAGCACAUGUGGCGAAGAGAAACCUGAUAAAAAAUGUUCAAAAUGCAAGCAGGUGCAAUAUUGUGAUCGAGAAUGUCAACGUAUUCAUUGGUUCGCCCACAAAAAAUUGUGUUCUCGUCCAGUGUCCACACCAAACCCGUCUGCUGGGGACGCGAGUGCUAAAGCUAAACCAGAAAUCGAUUCGGCUGAAAUCAGCGAACAAUUACAAAAUCUUAUCACACGCUAGAUAGAUAAAUUUGAAAUAUUAAGAAAAGCCCAUUUUAUACCAUCGUUUGAAGUGGUUUUUUUUCGUUUCACCAAAAAAAUUUUUUCAAUACUACAUCGUGUUUAGCCAUAAAUGGAAACCCAAAAUGAAUGUCUCACAACGUAGAGUCUGUUGUAUCUGUUGUAAAUCUUCCAGAUUUCUAUAAAUAUUGUACAAUUCAAAUUGUAGAACUUCCAAUGAGCUACCCAAGUUCACAAAGUACACUUGGAACUUUUUUUUAGAAUAAAAUGGAAAUAAAAUUCGAGUUUACAAUAAA